AUGGCUAUCCCUUCCAACCGUAAGGCGAUUCUGCUCGCCAUCUUCAUCGCGUUCGUCCGACAAGAUGCUGUUCUCAUAACCGCACGUGAAUAUCUAGGUGGCUUUCUCUUUGGAUACGACAUUGGUGUCAUUUCAGGAUGUCUGAUCAUGGACGACUUCGUGGACCGCUUCGGGGAACAGAACCCGGAUGGGUCGUUCACACUCUCGAGUUCUCGUCAAUCUAUAAUUACCUCUCUGCUCUCUGCUGGAACGAUAGUGGGCGCAAUUGCACAAGCAUUCACUUCGGAUCGAUUCGGCCGGCGAGGCUCCAUCCUUACCUGGUCAUUCAUCUUCACCAUCGGAACCAUCCUGCAAACCGCCACUGUACGUUCAAUCGCGCAGCUCGUCGUCGGCCGGUUUAUUGCUGGCCUGGGUGUCGGUGCUCUUUCGGCUAUUGUACCGCUCUACAACGGCGAGACUGCACCGAAGGCGCUGCUGCAGAUCAUCAUGGGCAUCUUCAUCUCCUACGUCAUUGACCUGGGAACCCAUGCCAUCAAGGGUCCCGCGUCUUGGCGGAUACCCGUCGGCCUGCAAAUUGCCUGGGGCAUGAUCCUCCUUUCUGGCAUCUUCUUCCUGCCAGAGUCGCCACGACACCUCGUAGGUACCGGCCGGACAGAGGAGGCACGUAAAGUUGUCGCGGAGCUGAACAGCGUGCCGGAGGACGACCCUCUGGUCACCGAUGCCAUCGAGGAACUGGAGUACGGUAUCCACGCGGAGAACGACGGCGGAAAGGCGACGUGGCUCGAGUGCUUCUCGACGCGCAACAUGCUCUGGAAGCGCACGAUCAACGGCAUGAUGCUCCAGUUCAUUCAGCAGCUGAACGGGCAGAACUUCUAUUACUACUACGGCGAUACCUUCUUCAAGAGCGCGGGUACUGAGCUGUCCGCCUAUGUCAUUCAGGUCAUCCUCGGCGCUGUCUCCGUCGCCGGUACCAUUCCUGCUCUGUACUUGAUCGAUACCUGGGGCCGUCGGAAGUCCCUUAUGACUGGUGCCCUGCUUGAAGCUGCGUGUGCACUCAUCGCCGCCCUUGCUGGACACUUCCUGCUCGCACCAUCAGGAACGCCUACCGACCAGCUGACGUCGACGAAUAAGACUGGCGGCAAUGUCCUCAUCGCGUUCGCUAUCCUGCACGUCUUUGGCUACUCGAUCUUCUGGGGCCCCACACCCUGGGUGUACCUUGGCGAGUCGUUCCCCCUGCGCGUCCGCCCGAAAGCCAUUGCUCUCGGGUCCGCAACGAACUGGGUCUGGAACUUCCUGCUGUCCUUCUUCUCGCCCAGAAUAGCGGACGACAUCGGCCCGCUCAUCCUCCUCAUCUUCUGCGGCAUGCUCGUCUUCGGCUACGUCUACGUCUACCUGUUCAUCCCCGAGACGAAGGGCCUCUCGCUUGAGGAGGUCGACGAGCUCUACCGCGCGCGCGUCCUGCCGUGGAAGUCGAGCAGCUGGCGUCCGGCCGAGAAGCACCUCCACGACAAGAUCGACUCGGACAGCAAGACGUCUGCGCAGGCCACGGAGAUCAGGGAGGAGAAGAGCAAGGGCGAGGACGCCUAA